CCUCUACAGGUCUACAUUUUGAUAAUACUACAGGAGCGAAGAGUGGUAGCCUGUAUCUCACAGCCAGCGGGGCCUUCGAAGAUCCGACCCGACCUAUCAAGCACGACGAGCUCGCAAAAAGCAUCUCGCACUCCCGGUCACAAAAGGACUUCGGUCUUCCCCGCCACCCUUGCCCUCCCAUCAACUAGGUUUAGUCCAAGAUGUCUUUGCGUGCGGGGUUGAACCAGAAUAAGGACAAGUAUGCGUUCUUGCACUUGGCGGCUCCUGCUAGUUAUGUAGCUGGUCUCGGUCGAGGAGCUUCUGGAUUUACGACUCGAUCGGAUAUCGGACCUGCUCGAGAAGGACCAAGUGCUGAAGCUAUCGCCGAAGCCAAAGCGAAACGAGGAGAAGAAGAGGAAGAAGCCUUUGGAGAUCCGGACGACGAGAGCAACCUCUUUGCAGGAACAGUCUACGAAGCCGACGAUGCCGAAGCCGAUGCCAUCUGGGACUCGGUGGAAUCGCACAUGGAAGGCAGAAGAAAAGCACGGAGAGAAGCUAUCGAAGCGGAGGAGCUGGCCAAGGAAAGGGCGACGAACGUGAAAUUGGACGUCAAGUUUGCAGACUUGAAAAGAGGGUUGAGCGAUGUGACGGAUAACGAGUGGGAGAACUUACCCGAGGUGGGGGAUCUUACUAGGAGGAGGAGAAAGGCGAACUUGAGGAUGGCGGAGAAUGGGAAUGGGAAAUCCUACGCCGUCUCGGAUACCAUCCUAGCCGGGGCCGUUGCGCAGAACGCGACGGUGAACGAACUCGACGAGAAACAAAUGUCAGGGGAAGGGUUUAAUACCCCCGCUCUGAUCCAGGGGACGGAGACGGAUCUGGUGGGGAUCGGACAGGCGAGAGAUAGGGUCUUGUCAUUGCAACUGGAUCAGGCGUCCAAGGAUGCUUCGGCCAGUGGGUUGAGCUCGACGGUGGACCCUAGGGGGUAUAUGACGGCCUUGAACAGUCAGGUGUUGCAGAGUGAUGCUCAGAUCGGUGAUAUCAAGCGGGCGAGACAGUUGCUGGACUCGGUCAUCAAGAGCAACCCGAAACACGCACCCGGUUGGAUUGCUGCAGCCUCGCUCGAAGUCCAUGCAAAGAAGAUGGUUGCUGCGCGGAGGAUCAUCGCUCAGGGUUGUGAGCAGUGUCCGAAGAAUGAGGAUAUCUGGUUCCACGCUGCCGAGCUCAAUACGCCGGAGAACGCCAAGGUCAUCCUUGCCAAGGCGGUACAACACUUGCCGCAGUCUGUCAAGAUUUGGCUGAAGGCUUCCGACCUGGAGAUCGAUGUCAAGGCGAAGAAGCGAGUACUGAGAAAAGCUCUCGAAUACAUUCCCAACUCGGUCAAGCUCUGGAAAGAGGUUGUCAACCUGGAGGACGACCCUGAUGACGCUCGUAUCUUGCUGGGUCGAGCCGUCGAGGUCAUUCCUCAAUCGGUCGAGCUCUGGUUGACGCUGGCCAGGCUGGAAACGCCAGAAAACGCGCAAAAGGUUCUCAACAGGGCCCACAAGAUGAUCCCUACGAGUCACGAGAUCUGGAUCGCAGGAGGACGUUUGCGAGAACAGGACGGAAGCAAGGAGACGGUCGAUAAGCUGAUCGCAUUGGCGGUCAAGAGUCUGACGAAGCACAACGUCAUCAUGACCCGAGAACAAUGGAUGAAGGAAGCAGAAAAAUGCGAGACGGAGGGAAGUCCGGCAACCGCCCAGGCAAUCUUGAAGGCUACUCUGCACCUCGACGUUGAGGAGGAAGACAGGCAGGCCGUAUGGCUGGAUGACGCUGAGAGUGCGACGGGCCGAGGGUUCAUCGAAUGCGCCCGAGGGAUCUAUGCCUACACAAUUCAGGUCUUUCCCACGAAAAAGGCUGUUUGGAGAGCAGCUGCCGAUUUCGAAAAGGAGCAUGGAACACCGGAGGCGCUGCAAGAGCUCCUUGCAAAGGCCGUCGAGUACUGUCCUCGAGCAGAGGUGCUGUGGCUUAUGGCUGCCAAAGAAAAGUGGCUGGCCGGAGAUAUAGGCGGAGCCAGGGAUGUCCUUACGCGAGCGUUCGAGCAGAACCCCGACAGCGAGUCUAUCUGGUUGGCGGCCGCCAAGCUCGCUGCCGAGACCGGGCAGAUGGAAGCCGCUAUGCAAGUGUUGGAGAAGGCUAGGACAGAGGCCGAUACCGAUAGGAUCUGGAUGAAAUCUGCUCAUCUACUACGCCAGCUAGGCAAGCCGGACGAAGCUAUCAAAACGCUGGACGAGGCCAUCGUCAAGUUUAGCCACUUUGACAAGCUGUACAUGAUGAAGGGACAGAUCAACGAGGACAAGGACAACAUUCCGGGCGCACGAGAGGCGUACAGCAAGGGUGUCAAGGCUUGCCCCAAGUCGAUCCCGCUUUGGAUCCUGUCAUCGAGGUUGGAAGAAAAGGCCGGCAUCACGAUCAAGGCCCGAGCACUGCUCGAGAAGGCUCGAAUGCAAAACCCCAAGAGCGAAGAGCUCUGGGCAGAAUCGAUCAAGGUGGAAGAGCGAGCGGGAAGUGCCGGACAAGCCAAGACUAUGCUGGCUCGAGCGCAACAGGAUUGCCCCGUCUCUGGUAUCCUGUGGAACAUGGCCAUCUGGAUGGAGCCCGGUUCCGGUCGAAAAGGCAAGUCGGUCGAUGCCAUCAAAAAGUCGAGCGAACACCCGAUCGUCAUUUGCGCGAUUGGCCGAUUGUUCUGGGCCGAGCGCAAGAUCGAGAAGGCGAGACUGUGGCUGGGUCGAGCUGUCAAUGCGGACAAGGAUAACGGAGAUUUGUGGGCCUGGUGGCUGAAGUUUGAGCGUCAGCAUGGGGAGAAGGAACGCCAAGACGAGGUGAUAACCAAAUGCGCAGCGGCCGAACCUAAACACGGCCAACUCUGGCCGAGCAUUUCCAAGGAUAUGAAGAAUGUAGGCAAGACGACGACCGAGAUCCUUGAACUUGUAACAAGCGAGAUCCGAUAGUCGCCC